AUUCAAGAUUAUUUUUCAAUAUAUGUCUAAAUGAAUUAAGCUUAAUAAGAAACUUCUCAAUUUCUUGAUAUUGGUUUAUCCUCAUCAUGAACAAUAUUACCUCAUUAACAGUUUUAUUUAGGACUGCAUUGGCUAAUAUAAAUAUAUCCCUUCAUUGAUCUUUUCUUUGGAAAACAUUUUAUCAAGUGAUAUCCCACUUAAGUAAUUACCUUUACUUAUUUUUGGUUACUGGUUUUUGUUGCAGGCCAUUCCAAUUCAUGAAUAGAAACUUGUUAUCAUAAAGAUAAUAGUAAUUCCUACUGUUGAAAAUGUCUAGAUUGCUGUUAUUUGACUAAAGGGCUCAUUAUGUUUUCUUCAUCUACAGUUAUUUUUGUGUAUUAUUUAAAUCUACUGCUGCAGGACUGGACAGUGCCACGAAGUGGAAAAAACCACUGGAUUAGUUGUGGGGGAAAAGAUAUUUUUCAUCCAAUCCAUAUAGAGGAGUUGCCACUGCACUAGGCACUUUACAUAUGUUGUUUUGAGAGAUCUAGGGUACAGUCCAACCCCACUACUGAUCUCAGCUACUUAAUCUGGUGAAGCUUGAGUUACUUCAUCUCUAAAAGAUGGGUAAUUCUUCUCUACUUAACCUCUACAAUUACUGUGGAGAUUCCAAUAAGAUAACAUAAAUGAAAAACCAUGUAUCACUAUAAAAGUGAAGUAAAUGAAAGGUUAUUUUCUUACUAUUAACUAAGAUGUUUUUUAGGAAUCUUCAAAACAGUUGUAUUUAGUUAGGAUUUACUAUUUAAAACCACAAGCUCAUGCUCCAAAUCUAUAUACCCAAAUCUAGUUCCAUGAGUGCGUUGUUAGAUCAAGCUAAGUAUCAGUUUUUAUGGCUUACUCUUUGAUACAAAGUUCCUUGUAAACUUUGUAAAUUCUAUCUGUCCAGGCAUUUGGUGGAAGGAGUUGUGUGCUCUUCCUAAUCAUUGAUAUACUUCAGGUCAAUUCCCCUAUUAAGGCAAUAGAGUGCCAUAAAGGAAACAUUUCGAGAAAAAGUAAUAUGGAAAGUGAUUGCUAGCAAAAUGCAUACUGAACUACCACACUAAAGCUUGAAAAAAUGUUUCAGAAACUAUGUAUAUAAUAGCCAAUGAAUAGUAAGAAUCCACUUGAUUAUUUAAAUAUACUAAUUACUGCUUUCAGUGUUUUUAAAGUAAUUUUUGCAUUAUGUUAAUAUCUUGAUGACCAAUCACACAGAUAUAGAUGAUUUACAUAAGCAUUACAUUCUCAAAUUUUAAUGAAAACCUUAAUAUUUCAAAUAUACGAUGCCUUUUAAACAAUUAAUUAAUUUGCUAUUUAGAUAGCACAUUCAUCACACUUCCAUAUCUGCACAAAAGCUUUGUAGUUCUCUUCUUUUAUAUUAUUUCUUAUUCAUGAUAUACAUAAAAGGUAUACUAAAUUGAAGGUAAUUGACCUAUGUGGCUUGUACUGCUAUCAUAUCUAUAAUACACAAAUAACAUACCUCAAUGGUUAUUGCAGCAGUCAUUACCCUCUCUUGAAACACCUUUGAACUAUAUCUGUGCAUUGUUUCUUCUUUCAUAAGUGGUUAAAUAACUGAAGCAAUCAUUUGAUGGGUUUUGGGCUGCUGAUUUUGUUUGUUUUUUUGUUUUUGUUUUUGUUUUUGUAAGGACUCCAUUAGCAUGAGGUACUCUACCAGAUGAUGAUGGUUCUUUGCUUUCAUAAUAGACACAGUAGAUAUAAUGUCCUAUAUUGACCUCAUAAUGAGGGAAUGUAAUGAAAAUAAGGAAGGCAAGCUUGACAAUUAAUUGUGCAUCAUACCGAAGUGCUAUGCCCAUCACUCCAUGAAUGUUGAAUGAUCAGUGAUGAAGUUGCACCAUCUUCAGACAGAGCUCUAGACAGUGCAGUGCAGCCCAUAGAUUUCCAACUAUAUAAAAGUCUUGGUUGAUAUGCAGCUGUUUUUGACUCAAUUGCCUAGUCUGCUUGACUCAAUUUAUUUCAAAAUUUCUCUCCAAAGUAUUGCUUAACCCAUUCUGUGCCAAUUUCUUUAUAUUACAGUUUGCCAUGGAUCUAGGUUGGUAUUUUUAAUGAGUGUCCCUGGGAGUUAAUAAAAGAUCAUCAUUAAAAAUACUAACCUAAAAUUUUAGUGAUUAUUAUCAUAGCCAAGAUUAUUAUCCUAAUGUAUUCUGCUUCAAUGUCAUGAUGUCUUGAACCUUCCCCUCCAUACUUGAAGCAGUGUGAUAUCAGCCACCUGUUUUCCAGAAAGAAUAUAAAUACUGUCAUUAUUUCAUUAUGAGAGAUCAACACCUAUCACAUAUGCCCACCCCAGUCUCCACUUUGAGUAGUUUUGUAACAAAAAGUUAUUGAGAAAAGCCUUAGCAGCUGGCACAGUCAGAGAACAGUCAUAUCAACCUGUAUAUAUUCCUUAAAUAUUUGAACUGGGUGAAGAAUGUACAUAAAACAGCCGCACACUAUCUUCAAACAUUGCAUAUGAUCACAAGCAUAAUAUUUUCUCAAGUGAAACCUGUUCUAUAGGCAUAUGAAUGUGAAUUUAUCCUUGUAGGUCAAAUUAUCAUGAGUCACCAGUAUAUUCUGUAUUAGUGUCACUAGUCGUAGCAGUUUUCACUAGUUUAAAAUUUGAUUAUUUUUGACUGAAUAUUUACCUCAUCCCUAUUUGCUAAGGGGAAUCUUUCCAAGAGCAGAAGACUCCUAGCAACAUAAUCCCAAGGGUCACCGGAUUAUGCAAGGUUUAGAACCAUUUACGAGCUCCAUUAGAGAGGUCUGCCUGCACUAUAGAAACACAAAGGCAGUACCUGUUAUCCUGAGACUGAAGGAAUUCAGUUUGGACAUUUCAAAAGAAAAAUGAAAUUAUGAUUAAUGCUUAAACGAAUAUAUAUUGAUAGCUCAGCUUCACUUUUUUAUUUUGAAAUAAUUUUAGACUUAUACAAAAGUUGCAAAAAAUUGUACAUGGAGUUCUUGCAUACCUUUAACCCAGGUUCCUGUAAUAUCAAUAGUUUAUGUACCAUAUAUAGCAAAGUUAUCAAAACUAGGAAAUUAACUCUAGUACAAUAUUAUUAACUAAACUAGAAGCCUUAUUUGAAUUUCACCAGUUUCUCUCCUAAUGUUCUUUCUCUGCUCCAGAAUCCAACCCAGGAUCCCAUAUGGCAUUUACUUGUCAUGUCUCCUUGGCCUUAUUCAAUCUGUGACAGUUCCUUGAUUUUUCCUUAUGUUUCAUGACCUUGACAUUUUAGAUGAGUACUGGUUAGUUAUUUUGUAGAAUGCCUCUCAAUCUGGGUUUAUUGAAUACUUUAUCAUGAUUUGAUUGAGGUCAUGCAUUGUUUUGGCAAGAAAACCACAAAACUUAUGUGCAUUGUAUCUGAGAGUACGUGAUGUUGAUGAAUCUUAUCAUUCCUUAUGUUAACUGUAAUUGCUUGAUUAAGAUGAUGUCUGCUAGGUUUCCUCACUGUAAAGUGAUCAGUUUCCUUUUUGUGCAAAUUGAUAAUAUAUUCUUCCAUUAUUAUUCCCUACAACAUGCCAUUGAUUGUAAGGGCCAUCCCAAUAACCAAGCUGUCAAAAUGUAAACAUUUGUUCAUCUUAGAAAUGAUGGGUAAUGCACUUUUAUAAUUAUGGUCAACCAAGAAGGGAAGAGAGGAGAAAUGGACUAAGAGUAUGACAAAGAAAGUAGCAGCAACAGGCUACCAGAAAGAAAGAACACGGAGAAUGGGAAGCCGAAGAAGUUUUGUUAUGUGAAUGUCUCUGUCACAUACUCCUGUGAGGUAGGCCCUGCACUGGAGUCAGUGCCCAUGGCUACUUCUAAUUUAUGACCCUCCUGCAUCUGGAAACAGAUUUUCUGCCUUCGUUUUCAUGAUAAAUAACAUUUUCCCUCGAUUAAAAGUUAUGUGUCUUUAUGAAGGGAAAAGAAGAUACAAAAGAAGUUUUAGAAAUCAUAUACAAGAAGGUCUGCCUUUGGAGGACCUAGAGCAAGGACACCCCAAUAAUAAUAAACACAGCUAGUUCCCAGAUCCUGGUUUCCAAUACCAUUCUUCAAUAAAGGAACCAGACUCUUGAAGUAUUGGCUCAUUCUGGAUCAGGACAGGGCAAAUACAAGAUGAACUUGUUAUGCCUUCUACCACAAAAUAAGGAAGUGCUCAAGAAAAUUUGGAGCAUGACAAGAGGACACAGGAGCCAAUCUGAAGGAGCUCCCACUGGCCACUAUGUAAGAACCAUGAAAGUGUGAUAAGGAGAAAACUCUGAAAUUCAUGCAAUGGCUGAUCCUGCAACUGACCACAUCUAGAUGGAUGAAUCAGAUAAUUAAAUAGUCAAGAAAGCAUUCAUAUCCAUAAUAGCACUUCACAAGCCUAGCAAAUCAAGAAUUUUGGCUGUAAAAAGAAGAUCAUUCAGUUCAAGUUGUUACCAUUUACAGAUGAAGAAACUGGAGAGCUGGGUCGGUGUACUAGAGAGAACUGCAAGUACCUUCACCCUCCUCCACACUUAAAAACACAGCUGGAAAUUAAUGGACGGAACAAUCUGAUUCAACAAAAGACUGCUGCAGCUAUGUUUGCCCAGCAGAUGCAGUAUAUGCUCCAAAACGCUCAGAUGUCCUCACUUACGUCUUUUCCCAUGACUCCAUCACUUGCAGCUAAUCCUGCCAUGGCUUUCAACCCUUACUUACCUCAUCCUGGAAUGGGCCUGGUUCCUGCCGAACUUUUACCAAAUGCGCCUGUUCUGAUUUCUGGAAACCCACCUCUCGCCUUGCCAGGAGCUGCUGGUCCAAAACUGAUGCGCUCGGAUAAGCUGGAGGUUUGCCGAGAAUUUCAGCGUGGAAAUUGUACCCGUGGUGAGAAUGAUUGCCGCUAUGCUCACCCUACUGAUGUUUCUAUGAUUGAGGCAAGUGAUAAUACUGUGACAAUCUGCAUGGAUUACAUCAAAGGCCGAUGCUCCCGGGAGAAAUGCAAGUACUUUCAUCCUCCUCCACACUUGCAAGCUAAACUCAAGGCUUCUCAUCACCAAAUGAACCACUCAGCUGCCACAGCAAUGGCCCUACAGCCUGGUGCACUUCAACUGAUACCAAAGAGAUCAGCAUUUGAAAAGACCAAUGGGGCCACCCCAGUCUUCAAUCCCAGUGUUUUCCAUUGCCAACAGGCUCUGGCUAACCUGCAGCUCCCACAGCAGCCGGCAUUUAUUCCUGCAGGGCAAAUACUGUGCAUGGCACCUCCUUCAAGUAUUGUGCCCAUGAUGCACGGCGCUCCACCUACCACUGUGUCUGCAGCAACAACACCCGCCACCAGCGUUCCCUUCGCUGCAACAGCUACAAGCAAUCAGAUAUCCCCAUUAUCAAUAGAUGAACUGAAUAGCAGCAUGUUUGUUUCACAGAUGUAGAAGUUACCAGUAGAACAUUGUAAUUCUGAACAGAGUUGUGAAGUAUCAGAAUCCCUCCGUGAGAACCUUCAUAUGGCCUUUCUAUAUAUAUUCCUGUAUGUUCUCUUCUACCAAUGCAACAAUAAACACGGUGCAGUUGAUAUAUUAAACAAUACAAAAAUACCAACCAACAAAUUCAAAUUAAAAAUAAAACAUUAAAGAAUCAAUGCAUAUGUUAAAACAAAACAUGAAUAGAAAACUAUUAUCUGUCUUAUUUGAAUUAUUAGAAUACCACCAUAAAAUUUUGUAAUUUUUACAUUAUUCUGUGUGAUUUUCUAAUAACUAUUCUGCUAUGUGGAUCUCCACAGUGGAUUUUUGGCUUACUGUGAAUUCUUGGUGGAUAAAUGUUCAUCUCUUUUGAAGUGUUACCUUACUACUUUGUUUACACAGUAGCCUACUGGGUUAAUUUAGAACAUAAUAAUUAUAUCCAAAUACCAUUUUUCCAUUUUUAUAUUGUAUUGUAUUGUGGUAUGUUGUGUUUUGCUGUAAUAUGUGUGGCAUUUGAUUUCAACUAAAAUGUUAUUAAUGGGAAACUGAAAUAUGUGUUCUUGAAAAAUAUGACAGAUUAAUGUUAAUAUGCUCUCUCUAGAAUAUUUCUGUAGGUUUCUUGGGGGCAGACAUAUAAAAGACCUCACUUUUGAGUGUUCACAUGCAUGUGAAUAAUUUAUACCUGCAGAUCUGACCUUGUAUCACAUUAUUAGAUUUUUUGUGAGACAUAAUCACCUACAAAAAACAAGGAAUUUCUUAAAACAUUAACCUCCAAUUUCACUCCUUAAAUAGCUUGGAAAACUAGAAUUUACCUUUAAAUGAUUUUUUUCAGCAUUUGUACUAAAAAAUACCCGUUACAAUUUUUGUGGCUCAAGGAUCCUAUCUCCUAGGCUAAGUGUCUAAAACAGCCAUUUGUCAUCUUCAGCUGAAAAAUUGGUACUUGGAGGAUUAAAGGCAUGCUAAUUACAGAUUGUAAAUUAAACAGAAGAUUGGGGCAUGGAGAUAUUUUUUACAUAUUGGAGAGAAGUGUGUAAAAACCGUUGCAAUGUAACCUUUUACACAAGAGCCAUUUUCCAAAUGCAAAUGGCUCAUGCUCUUUAGACUACUCUGACUAAUAAGUAAGCUGCAAUCUAGUAUAAGUCAGUCAAGGUGAAAGAGAAUUGGUUCUAAGCGAGGCUUUUCCACUCCAAAUGGACACUCUUUUCUAUUGAUCACAGUUGGAGCCUGAGAAUAGGUUUGGAGAAAUGGCAGAGGUGGGAAAGAAGAUAGGAAGACAUUUAAAAUUAUUCUUUGAUUUAUUUAAAAGUUCUGGGAGGGAUGUCCACAGUUGUCUUUAGCUCUAGUUCACCUGAGUUUCCAGAUUUGUUAAACAUUUCAGUGAAGAAGAAAGUGCCUGUGAUAUACGUCAAGUGCCCUUCUCAAACUUUAUUAACAAGAGUUUCAUCAUAAACAAUGUUGUUUUGGACUCAGUUGUUUUUAUAUAUAUUUGAAAAUUACAAUAGAGAAGUUUUUAAGACCCUUUGGAUGAGACAGAGUGGCUACUCUCCACAGAGCUGAGCUGAAUUCACAUUACUAAUUCUUAUGAAAUAAUUUUAUAAUCAAGUAAAAUAGUAAUUAAUUCUUAUGUUAUGUAGCAUAUCUCCUCCACUCUAUUCAGUCAUUAAAGUCACUAUUAUUAUACAGUGCUGGAACCAUAUGACAUUUUGCAUCAACUUAGAUUUAAUAUUUUUCUACUAAAUAUAUAUUCUCUUGCUGGAAGUUAUAAAAUCA